AUGGAUCUCUAUUUUAGCAAAUAUUUAAGAAAAAAUCAAGAAUAUAUAGAACAAGACCAUGAAUUGAAUGAAGGGACCUGGGAGGACCAUUGUAUCUCCAUACCAUUCAACAUCAGUAGUAGAGGCAUUCCCAAAUUAAAAUUAAUAAUGUCUGAAAAGGCUAGCCGUAGCUCAAAAAGACGAAGAAAUGAAGUUUCUAGUGAUGAUAGUAAAGAAAAUCAUAUAGUAGAAAAAAAGAGAAAAAAGCAAGGAAAGCGUCCUGACGUGAUAUUUGUAUCUAGAAAGUCAAUCAAGCCUGAUGUAAAAUUUGAAUUUUUAGUUGGUGAGGUAUGUUCACAGCCAUGGAAUGAAAAGGAGGAUAAAAUGAAUGGUGAUACUAGAAAACUUUUUAGAUUAAUGAAAGAUUGUUACGAUAGUAUUGCAUUGUAUUUUUAUGAAAAAUUUGGUACAAAUUAUUCUAGUUGUUGGAAUUUAAAAAACUUGGAAAUAUAUGGUAUCAUUGUAUCAGCCAGGAUUUGGUGUAUAUAG